AUGGUCACUUGGUUACUUCGCUGCUGGGACAAUGGUGCCAAUAGUGCGUGGCUCGAUGGCAUUGAAGCUCGCAAACUGGGUAGUAUUUCCAAGGACUCACGUGUGGACAGAGGUAUUGGCACAUGCCAAAAUCAGUCCUACACCCUCUGGAAGCGGAUGUUGAUAGCGGUAAGAGAUAGAUUCCCCUUUAAACGGGACUUGGAGCCUGAGAGAAAGAAAUGGACUGAUAUAGAGAAAGAUGGAAUUCAUGGUGGUGACAAGAUGAUGGAGACCGAGGAUUUCACGGAGUCGCCUAUUGAUGAAAGCUUAAACAACAUUGAGUUCUCUCGACCUGGUAUCAUCGAAAAUUCUCAACGCAUUAAAAAAGAUGACGUCGCUCGAAAACCACGAUUUUUCUUCACCCCGUUUAUAAAGGCAGCUAUUGAAAUCCGUUUUCAGUGCCGAGCAGCAGGCGGACGGCGGGCGGGAAGGAACAGCCCAGCACACACCGCCGGAGGAAACGCCCUCCGUUCGGGCUCGCCCGCCCCGAGCCGAGCCCGGAGGAGGAGGAGGUCUGGGGCGAUGCUGGCGGGACUGGGGCGGGCGGUGCGGAGUCUAUCGCCGGGCGACGGGCGGCUCCGGCUGCUGGCGGGCGGCCGGGCGGCGCGGGGCAGGCGGGAUGGUCGGCCGCCCCUCUCGGAGCUUCAGGUGAAAAUCUGGAGGCACAAUGGGACCUGGGCACGCCGGGAAGGAGCCUCCUACAGCACGCUGGUGCCCUCUGACGAAGUAACUAUUAAUUACAAGCAUGGUCUCCCCAUAAUAACUCUGACAUUGCCUACAAGAAGAGAACGCUGCCAGUUUGCUGUUAAACCAGUGGUAGCCACAGUGGGAGCAUUUCUGCAAGAUGUACAGAGAGAAGAUAAAGGAAUUGUGAGAGCAGAAGUCUUUGCAACAGAUGGUAGCAAGGUCUCUGAUGCAACCUUGAUGGAGGUCUUACUGAUGAACGACUUUAAACUUGUUAUCAACGACACAACAUACAGUGUGUCAACUCCUGUAAAAGAUAGGCUGACUAGUGAGCGUGCUACUGAAAUGGAAGACAUCAAAUCCUUGGUUCACAGACUGUUUGUGGCUCUGCAUUUAGAAGAUCACCAGAUCAAGAAAGAGAGAGAAUUACUACAGAAACUGGACCACCUGAAAGAACAGCUGAUGCCUCUUGAACAGAUGAAAGCCAGAAUUAUGGACAGUGCUGAUGCAAAGACCUCCAGGCUUCUAUGGGUUGGUUUAGCUUUGAUGUCAACACAAGGUGGAGCAUUGGCAUGGCUCACAUGGUGGGUCUAUUCAUGGGACAUCAUGGAGCCGGUCACGUACUUCAUCACCUAUGGGAGUGCCAUGGCUUUCUAUGCCUACUUUGUUCUUACUAAACAGGACUACAUUUACCCUGCUGCUAAAGACAGGCAGGUCCUCCACUACUUCUAUCGGAAAUCCAAAGCCCAGCAUUUCAAUGUGGAACAAUAUAACAAGCUAAAAGAAGAACUGGCAGAGGCUGAAGAAUCUCUGAAGCGUUUGCGCCAGGCUCUGCACCUCAAACUUCCAAUCCAGGAAAUUACUAACAAGGACUGACUUUGUUUUGGUGUAUGUUAGAAUUGCCUUUUCCAAGUUGAUAGGAACGUUUACUCUACAGAAACUGGAUAUUUUUGACCACUAUGAUUUCGAAAGUUACAAUAAAUAUUUAUAAAAAUGACUUUGA